UCUCUCACCUCCCUACAACACUGUCACUCUAUAUUAACUCUCCUCUCUCUUUCUCUCUAAAAACACAGCAGCAAAACAAGCAAUGAAGCCCCACAGCAGGAAGCUCCUACAAGGAGAAAAUCGUGGCCGGGCCACCACUCUAUCACCGUCGUUCACAUACUCUCCGGACCCACUUCUACAGCCCAUCAACGGCUCAUCAUCAGCCCUCACUAAUAGGCCUUUCAAGCCCAACUACCCAUUCGACUCCUCCAUGGCCCUAACGGCCCUCGUUCUCCUCACCGCCCUCUUCUUCAUGGGCUUCUUCUCCGCUUAUCGCCGCCGCCGCCGCCCUCCUCCACUCCUUCCAUCAACUUAUCCGAAAGGUCUCGAUCCAUCCGCCGUCCGAUCACUUCCGCUCAUUUCUUACCGUGGGGACGCGAAGCACCCGAUCGACUGCGCGAUUUGUCUGAGCGAGUUCGAGGAGAGAGAGGGGGUUAAGUUUAUACCGUACUGUAGCCACGUGUUUCACGCUGAGUGCAUUGACACGUGGCUGUGCUCACACGUGUCGUGUCCCUUGUGUCGUUCGACUCAGUUGUUUGGUGGAGUUGAGGAGGUUUAUUUGGGUGUGUCGCAGGGACAGGAGGGAGGUGACGAUGAUGAUGAUCAUGGUGGUGGUGUUGGUGAAGAUCAGGGAGGAUCGACGGUGGAGAGAAGUGACACGUGGGUUGAGGAGGGGAGGGAUGUGGGACCAGUGGACUUGAGGAGGACGUGUAGUUGCUCGAGCUUGGGAGAUCAAGCGGCGCAGCUGCAGAGAAGCUUGAGCAUUUGACACGUUGACUUGAGCUUUGAUUUUUUGUACAUGCGAGUUGGCACGUGUAAAUAUGAAAAUAAUUCAUUACGACUUGUGAGUAGUGUUAGAGUAA